AUGACUAUGAUGAUGAUGUCUCUCCCCAAAAUGAAAGUAUCUUCUCUGCAACCUCACCUCCAUUUGAGCAGUAGCAGAUUAUUACCAGCAGCUAAGGUGUCUCCGAGCUCAAGCAUAAGCACCAGGCCAUCGUGCCGCGUUCAGUGCAAAAGAUUAACGGUGGAAAAUAACAGAACCAAGCUUGAAAGGACACAAACUUUGGGUCUGGAGAAGAAGCAACUGAGACAAGCUUUGGUGACCGGUGUCUCGGUAGGGCUGAUGAUGGCUUUGGUGAUGGGAAUGGACGGAGAAAAGGCGAUGGCUUUGGGACCAGAAGGUCCUUUGAUGGAAGAGUUUUGGGACAACGUGAGAAGGUACGGUCUUUACGCUCUCACCGUCAGCACCGGAGCUCUCUCAGCUGUCUUUGAGCCCAUUUUCGAGCUACUCAAGAACCCAAUCUCCGCCGUUCUCAUUGUGAUCAUCUUAGGUGGAAGCUUCUAUAUCGUCUCGCAAGUGGUCUCGGCUAUGGUUGGUGUCAACGAGUUCGCUUAUGAUUAUGGAUACUAGAGACUAGAGAGAGUCUGUUUGUUCUGUUUCAUUAAUAAUACUCUGUUAUGGUCAUUGAUACUCUGUUUCUGCAUAGUCUUAUAAUCAAUCAACAUUUUAUUUGACAUAAA